CACACAGAGGAAGAACUCAGAGACUGAGACUAAACUCGUGUUUGAUCCAGGCUGUGAAAAGGUUUCAUUCUGCUUUAACAUGGGACUCAAUGGGAACUGACUCCUUCUUGGGGCUCGGCCUCGAGUGGCCAACACGGGGAACUGCAGCCAUUUGCACAUCCGCAUCGGCCUCGUCGCUCAGAAGGAUUGUUGGCUCUUGGGUCAGCACACCUGCUUUACCUGCGGCUCCAGGGGUUAGAGAGAAGACUCGUCAUUAUUCACUGCAAAGGUCAAACGACACCAAAUCAGCCGGACCUACCUCUGUAUUAAUAUUCUUCUUUUUUCUAAUUGGGAGAAAGACGGAAUCAUGCUGCUCAGGGUUCUUUGUGCAGUUUGUAUGUUUGCCUCUCAUCAUGUGAACGGCCAAACACCGGGUGGAGACGAAGACGUCUUCUACCAGGAUGUUUACAGAGCAGAUUUUCUCAGGGGCCGUCUUCAUCCUCUGUUUCACUGCGCUGACAUGAGUCCGUCUCCAACCGUCCCCACCUCAGUUGAAUUUGUCAAAGCUGCAGACGUCAAAGUCAUCGCUGCAGUGGGAGACUCUAUAACUACAGCUAUCGCCUCCAACGGCUCCACACUUGCAUCGAUACGUUUUGAAUAUCGCCAAUUGGCAUGGAGCAUCGGAGGUUACGAGACGUUUCAAAGUGUCAUUACACUGGCAAACAUUUUUAAACUCUUCAAUCCCAAGAUUAUGGGUCCGUCCCCGAUGAUUACGAUGCAGGGUCAACCCACAACCGUCAACGAGACCGGCUUCAACUUCGCCGUCAGCGGCCACAACACGCUAAACAUCGCCGAUCAGAUACGACACAUGAUCACCACGCUCAAGUCUCAUCCAGGUCUGAACUUCCAGGAGGACUGGAAGGUGGUGACGAUGCUGAUCGGCAUGAACGACAUCUGCGAUUACUGUAAAAACAAGACUUUAUUCUCCCCCGACAAUUUCAUCCACCACAUAACAGAAGCUCUGGACAUGAUGAUGAAUGAGAUCCCCAGAACCAUCGUGAACGUGGUGCAGAUUCUUCCCAUGAAGCCUCUGAGAGAAGUGACGAGACCGACGCCGGGGUGUCAGUUUCAAAAGCAAUUCUGCUCGUGUGUCGUUCUACCUGGAGAAAACUCCACUGAGCUGAAGGAGCUGGUUGAGAUCAACUUUGAAUUCCAGAGACGAUUAGAGAAGCUUCUUCGCAGCGAUCGCUUCUUUAAAAACGACUUUGCUGUCGUUCUGCAGCCGUAUUUAGAGAGCGCAGAACCAGCCAGACUUCCUAACGGGACGAUCAACAUGAGCUUCUUCGCGGUAGAUUGUUUCCACUUCACUGUGAAGGGACACGAGGAGCUGGCAAAGGGCCUGUGGAACAACAUGUUCCAGCCUGAAGGAGCCAAAGACAAGAUAAAGACGUUGUCAGAGCCGGUGAAACUCAUCUGCCCAUCGGAGGAUCAUCCUUACAUCUACACCAGACCCAAAGUUGCAUCGUCUGCACCGUCUGCAUCACCUGCAUCGUCUGCAUCACCUGCAUCGUCUGCACCGGCGCUGCGUUGUGUCUCCGUGAUGCUGGUGUCUGUGCUGUCUGUGCUGUCUGUGUCCGUCACCUUUUAUUCCCAGGAAUUCAACAUAAUACUUCCUGGAUUAAAGAUUUAAGAUCCAUCAGAGCCACUGACCCUGAAUCUUAAUCACUCUAAAGGGUCUAAAGGGAUAAGAUGUAUAUAUUUUAGAAAUAAGAAUUAACAAAACUCAGGUAAUACUAUUUUUAUAAUGCUGAUUUUUUUUCAGACGAGUACUUUCAGUGGUUUACAAAAAUCAUGAACUAUGAAUCAUGAAGUUUCACAGUGAGACAGAUGUGACAGAACAUCCUGUUAUUCACCUAAAAACUUCAUUUCAGUGUUUACAGAAUAACUGAAUUUCUAAAAUAGAGAAAUGUUGAGCUCUGAUUUUGGAUUCUUUACAUCUUGUUAAAUGUUGGUGUGUGUAUACGUGCGGCUGACUUGUGUGUGUGUCUGCCUUCAUUGUUUGACAUUGGAAUAAUCUGUGGUGCAAAUGAUCUGAAUAAACUCAAACUG